CAGGGGCGGCCGCGGCUUCGGCAGCGGGGGCUGGGCCCAUGGCGACGGCGACGGCGGUGGCGGCGGGGGCCGGCGCCGCGGCGGGAGCUGAGUCGGCCGAGGGCCCCCGGGUGCCGGCAGCGGCGCUGGAGCUGUGGCUCAAUAAAGCCACAGACCCAAGCAUGUCAGAACAGGAUUGGUCAGCUAUCCAGAAUUUCUGUGACCAAGUGAACACUGAUCCCAAUGGCUCAACCCAUGCGCCCUGGCUGCUGGCCCACAAGAUCCAGUCUCCGCAAGAGAAAGAAGCUCUUUAUGCCUUAACGGUGCUGGAGACGUGUGUGAACCACUGUGGGGAGAAGUUCCACAACGAGGUGGCCAAGUUCCGCUUCCUGAACGAGCUCAUCAAAGUGCUGUCCCCAAAGUACCUAGGCUCCUGGAGUACAGAAAAAGUUAAGGGAAGAAUCAUUGAAAUACUCUUCAGUUGGACAGUCUGGUUUCCAGAGGACAUCAAGAUCCGAGAUGCUUAUCAGAUGCUAAAGAAACAAGGUAUAAUAAAGCAAGACCCUAAACUUCCAGUGGAUAAAAUCUUGCCCCCACCUUCUCCCUGGCCCAAGAGCUCCAUCUUUGAUGCUGAUGAAGAAAAGUCAAAGCUUCUGACAAGGCUUCUGAAAAGCAACCAUCCUGAGGAUCUUCAGGCUGCAAACCGGCUGAUCAAGAAUUUGGUCAAGGAGGAACAAGAAAAGUCGGAGAAGGUGUCCAGGAGGGUCAGCGCUGUGGAGGAAGUUCGGAGCCACGUGAAGGUGCUGCAGGAGAUGCUGAGCACGUACCGCAAGCCGGGACAGGCCCCGCCAGACCAGGCGGCCUUGCAGGUCGUGUAUGAGAGGUGUGAAAAGCUGCGGCCCACCCUGUUCCGGCUGGCAAGUGACACCACCGACGACGAUGAGGCACUCGCGGAGAUUCUCCAGGCAAAUGACCUCCUCACCCAGGGAGUUCUGCUGUACAAACAGGUGAUGGAGGGCCGCGUCACCUUUGGGAACACAGUGGCCAGCUCUGUGGAAGACAUACCUGUGUCCAGAGUCUUUCAGAAUCCAACAGGCUGCAUGAAGAACUGCCCCCUGAUUGACUUGGAGGACAGCGGGUCUGAGCAGGCUGGGGCUGUGACGCCGUCUUUACUGCAUCAGGACCUGGCAGCCUUAGGAAUCAGUGAUGCCCCAGUUCCUAGCAAGGUUGCAGGUCAGAAUUGCUGUCAGGAGAAGAAGAACCCCACCACCAGCACGCUACCAGCUGGCGGUGCUCAGAGCCCUUCUACAGAAGGGAACUUGCUGGACCUCCUCUCCCCACAGCCGCCUCCAGGAUCUCGGAAUUAUAUUCCACAGAAAAGUAUCCCCAAGGAAGUACCACCAGGUACCAAAUCCUCACCAGGUUGGUCCUGGGAGGCCGGCCCAUUGGCUCCUUCCCCAUCUUCCCAGAACACUCCUCUGGCUCAAGUGUUUGUCCCUUUGGAGUCUGUUAAGCCCAGCAGCCUGCCGCCUCUUAUCGUGUACGACCGGAAUGGAUUCAGAAUUCUGCUCCACUUUUCUCAGACUGGAGCUCCCGGCCACCCAGAGGUGCAGGUGCUCCUGUUGACCAUGAUGAGCACGGCCACCCAGCCCGUCUGGGACAUCAUGUUUCAAGUGGCUGUGCCAAAGUCAAUGAGAGUGAAACUGCAGCCGGCGUCCAGCUCUAAGCUUCCUGCUUUCAGUCCUUUGACACCUCCAGCUGUGAUCUCUCAGAUGCUGCUGCUGGACAAUCCACACAAAGAGCCCAUCCGGUUACGGUAUAAGCUGACAUUCAACCAGGGUGGACAGCCUUUCAGCGAAGUAGGAGAAGUGAAAGAUUUUCCUGACCUGGCAGUCUUGGGUGCAGCCUGACUCCUCCCAGGACAGAUCCUGCCAUUCAAGCUUAGGCCAGUGUUCCUUUGCUGUCUAGAUAGGACUGAUCAUGGUGAUUUAGUGCAGAGUGCCAAGAGUUCUGUCCUGACAUCAGGCUCUGGAUGCCAGCCUCUGACUUAUUCUGCAGGUGUGUGUGUGUGGGUGUGUGGGUGUGUGGGUGGGUGUGGGUGUGUGUGGGUGUGUGGGUGGGUGGGUGGGUGUGUGUGGGUGUGUGGGUGUGGGUGUGUGUGUGUGUGUGUGUUUGUAGGGGGAGGGAUGAAGGCAGUGUGGGAAAUGCUAAAACAUUUCUGAUAACCAUCUGCUACGGUCAUGUCUGGUUUUGCAUGUUGGUAGACACUGAUGUCCCUGCCUCAGGUUGGAGGUUUUAUAAGCCAAAGUUGUCACUGUUGUUUUCCAUGUAUUAUUACCUUUUCAUUCAUCCACUCUGUGCCUUGUCAGCCUCUGAAAGUCUUGGUUGCUCCCAGGCUGCUGUUCUCAGGGACGCGUAAGGGACCUGGUUGGUUCUUGGGGCAGAGUGUCUUCUGGGAUGCUCUCUUCCAAGAGGGACCUCAUCUCCACUUCCAUUAGCAAAUGCUGCUUGCAUGUGUCCAGGAAGAUCUUCUGAAUGGGAUGCUUGUUGCACUGUGUCCUAGGCGAGGGGUUGCCGCUCGACCAGAGGACCGCGCUUGGUGGGCCAGUCAUGUCCUUUACCACUGUGCCUUAGAAUCGCCCAUAGAUGGACCCUUCAGGGCAGAGGGGAAAGCAGAUCCCAGGCCUUCUUCAGGCCUCAGGUUCCAUGGGCUGGGCAGCCUGUCUGGACCCUUCCUCAGGACCCUCAUCUCCAUCCUCCUCCUCUUUCUCUGCAACCAUUUACCCGGAACUCUUUGAUGGUGGCACCAUGCCAGUCGUUGUAAGUCAUAACUGACAGGUUCACCCUGGCCUGUUGACUUCACAAUCCACGGUGAAGAACUGUGAUGCAGAUGAGAUAAGAAAAGAGUUUAGCAAUGAUUCAAGUGGUGACUAAAUCUAGAAAGUCGUUAUCGAAUAAAUAACCUGUGUAACAAAUA